CCAGCGCGGCGGCCUCCAUUGGCUGCGACUGAAACGCGGCCGACGGCGUCGCGUUACGAACGGCCCAAUGGCGUCGCGUCGCGGGCCUGAUUGGCCGUGUCAGAACUCCUCCUCCUCCUUCACCUUCUCUUCGCUCCUAGCGCGCACUUCUCUUUCCUGUUCCCCCUCUCGUUCCACAUCCGGGAAGAAGCAGAUGGCGGAGGAGGGUCGGCGCUUCCUCCGCGGUGCCCGGAGGUGGGGACCGGGGCUUUUGUCACGAGUGCGUGUUCGCGGGAUAACGGCGUCUUGACGCGGCGACGGGUUCGGCGACGUUGCGGCGGGGCGCAGUCGCGCCAUGCAGCGUGGCCCGGCGGCUCAACAUCAGCGCUCGCCGUUCGCCAUCCAGGAACUGUUGGGAUUGAGCGAUGCCGGACUGCCUGCUUCUUCUUCCUCCUCCUCGACACAUCACGGCAACAGCCAGGUGUCCUCGCAUGCGGCGGGAUUGCACCCGUCGGUGCUGGGGCACCCGCCGGGGCACUCGCUGGUGCCCCAGGCGCCCCCCAUGCACCACCCGCCGCCGCACUGCGGCUUCCCUGGCGACAGGGCCGGCGUGUAUCUGGGACACGCGUUCGUGCCCUGUGCACCGUUCCUCCACGGUUUCGACGGGUCGGCCCACGGCAUGCCACCGGACGUCGCCGGAUACCCUGGGGCGACUGCCACCGACCUCUGCGACGAGGGAUCUUCUCUUGCCAGGAAGAAGAAGAAGAAGCGUAGGCACCGGACCAUCUUCACGAGCUUCCAGCUGGAGGAGCUGGAGAAGGCGUUCAAGGAGGCCCACUACCCGGACGUGUACGCACGCGAGAUGCUGUCGCUCAAGACGGACCUGCCCGAGGACCGCAUACAGGUGUGGUUCCAGAACCGGCGCGCCAAGUGGCGCAAGACGGAGAAAUGCUGGGGCAAGUCGACCAUCAUGGCCGAGUACGGCCUGUACGGCGCCAUGGUGCGCCACUCGCUGCCGCUGCCGGAGUCUAUCCUGCGAAGCGCCAAGGAGAGCGGCGACGACGUCUCCUCGUGCGCGCCCUGGCUGCUCGGCAUGCACCGCAAGUCUCUCGAAGCGGCCGAGAAGCUCAAGGGACAGGAUUGUGGCGGCAGCGACAGCACGGCCCCGUCCUCGCCUCCUCCUCCUUCGUCCGCGCCGUCGUCCAAGGCGCUGACCGGCGCGGGCACUGGCGGCCACGGAAGGACUGGCCGGGACACGGCCAGUCCGCAGGCACUGUCGUCGACACCGCCGUCGUCGGCGCCUUCGUCCCCGCCCGCUGCUGCUCCUCCGACGUCAACGACGGCGUCGAGACCGAGCCCUGCUCCGGGGACGCCAUCUGCCCUCUCGCCGGCAGGCUCGGCGACCGCGUCCGGAGGCGCCGUGAGCCAGGACCUGCGGACGCACAGCAUCGCGGCGCUGCGGCUGCGGGCGCGCGAGCACAGCGCCCGGCUGCAGCACUCCAUCGACGCCCUGUUCGCGUGACCGCGCUCACCUGUCCCACCCGGGGGAGGAGCGCGUCGCCUCACCUGGCGCCAUGAGUCAGUCGGUCAGGGCGCCGAUUGAAUUAGCGCCACGGACCACGACCGACCGACCGAAACCCCGCUCUGAGAAGGAGAGGAGGGAGAGAUCUCGCAGAGACAAUGGCGGUGAGAGAGAGGCUCCGCGGAGGCGACAGAGAUCUCUCCCCCGGACAUCGGAAGCGAGAGUGCGCAGAGAGAACGCUCUCGUCCUCGCGACCGGCAGCGAGAGAAAAGCGGCCUCGUGGAUUCACUGGACACCUCCCUCUCACUCCCGACAUGGAGAGAGCGUAAAAAUGGAGACAAGCGCUCUCCUGCACCCCGAUGACGAUCUGGUAGCGGCCGCACGCUGAUUGGAUUAGGCGCCGCCGCAGAGCGGUCCGUGUGGCCAGCCGCACUCACCCCCGGCGCGACGACGACGGCGACGAAGACGGCGGCGGGUGUGGGGAGUUGCCGCCAACGCGGCAAGGCAGGCUGCAGUCCAUCCGCCCCCCCCCCCCUCCCCCCCAAAUCGCGUUAGGCCUAACGAUGACGGACGACCCUGGGCUUGGCUGCCGCGCGCGCGAGAGAGGGUCCAUCCGACAGCGGUUGCGCUUCACUUGGCCGGGACUAGUGGCCCGCUGCUUUUGUUUCUGAAGCGAGACCCCCUCCAAGCGCACCCUGUGCAGUGUAGUAUGAACCAUUCGCCCACGCCUGAUAGUAUAUACAAACGCAGGCGGCGACAGUACGCGACUGUUCCUUUGUCGCACACCGUCGAUACGUCUGUGUUAUCCCGUCUAUUUUGCGACAUAUUUAAUCUCGAUUUUGUGAGCCUUGCUGCUGGCAUCUCGCCUGUUCCUUUUACACCGCACGACGGUGGUACCCGCUGAUAUAUUUCUGUUCCGGAGAGACAAUUGAGCGCCUCUACGCCAUCGCUAUUGCGCGAACCGCUGUCCCGCCGCAUAUAAGGGCGCGUUGCGAAGCAUCGCCGCGUAAACGGCAAACUGACUUCUCGAGGUGCCCCGAGCGCGUAGGCGAGGUCCCCCGCAGGGCGCUGCUGGCCAACUGGCGCAGCCGCUGACGGGACGUCCCAAGGGAAGGCCGGCGGACGGCGGCUCGCACCAUUAGCCACCGCGCCGAAGACGAGCGCGGGCUUUCAAUUAGCGAGAAACGUUGUUUUCACUCGACGAAGGCGAACUCUGAUGGAUGGACCGGCGCGGAUCAUGAACUCCAGGGAGAUGGGCGGACUAGAUGGUCACCGAUACGUCAUAAUACUACGUUGCUAGGCAUAUACAGCGCGAAGAGAGACGACGAGUAAGGAAGAACGUGGCUGGGCUAUUAUCAGAGCUACGUAGGAUUCUCUCUCUCUCUUUUUUUUUUUUUUUCUUUAGAAAAGUCAAAAUACAUUGUACGCUUCGA